AUGAAUGGAUGUUUCAGUGAUGUAACAGACGAUAAUUUGAAAAUGAUCGCAUCAGCACAUGCACUAUUUUCGAUGUUAGCUAAUGUCACCAAACAUCGUCAAUUAUCCAAUAUCACCCAAAAAUUAUCCACAAAGCAUACUGUCACCAUUAUUGAUCAAACGAAGAAAAUUAUUGAUGAUACAAUGAAUAUGAUUAAUAAUACAACUGAUAUUAAUACCUUAACAAUAAGGUUAAUAACAUCAACAGUAGCAACAAUAAUAACAACAACAUCAACAUCUACUUUUAUUCCUGAUACUACUACUACUACUACUACUACUAUUUCGACUACUACUAUAACAACAAACACUACUACUACUAGUAUUGCUGAAACAAUGAAAUCAAAACCCGCUAAUACAAUUGGCGAAUACGAUGAAAAUCCUAGCACUACUAUUAGUAGUCAUUUAAUAAGUUCAACUAAAUCCGGAAUUUGA